AUGUCAAUAGACGAGAAAUUUGAUGCUGCAGUAAAGAUAGUACAAAAAUUACCAAAAUCGGGACCUCUUACCACGUCUAACGAUGAAAAACUAAAAUUUUAUUCACUUUAUAAGCAGGCAACAGUUGGCAAUGUAAAUAAACCAAAACCAUCGUUCUACGAAUUGACUGAAUGUUCAAAAUGGAACGCAUGGAAUGCUUUGUGUGAUAUGCCAAAAGACGAAGCCAAGCAAAAAUAUGUCGAAGAAUUGGAGAAGAUGCUGGACAGAUUUUCUAAAGAAGGAAACUUUAAAGAAUGGCUAGAUUCCGUAAACGAUCCUGAGUUAACUGCUUUGUUCGCCGUGUUUGGAAGGUAG